ACCGACGCCGGAGCCAUGCAGUCCAAGCGGGAGUAUGAGCUUUGGUGUGAGAGGGUGAAUCCAGAGAACAAGGCGGCGCUGGAGGCCUGGGUCAGGGAGACGGGUGUCCGCCUGGUGCAAGUGAACGGGCAGAGGAAGUAUGGCGGGCCACCCCCAGGCUGGGUGGGCAGCCCGCCGCCGCCAGGGUCGGAGGUGUUUAUCGGCAGGCUGCCCCAGGACGUGUACGAGCACCAGCUGAUCCCACUGUUCCAGCGCGUGGGCCGCCUCUACGAGUUCCGCCUGAUGAUGACUUUCAGCGGCCUGAACCGCGGCUUUGCCUACGCCCGCUACAGCUCGCGGCGCGGGGCCCAGGCCGCCAUCGCCACGCUGCACAACCACCCUCUGCGGCCCUCCUGCCCGCUGCUCGUGUGCCUCAGCACCGAGAAGUGCGAGCUGAGUGUGGACGGGCUGCCGCCCGCCCUGACCCGCCGCGCGCUGCUGCUGGCGCUGCAGCCGCUGGGUUCGGGCCUUCAGGAGGCACUGCUGCUGCCCAGCCCCGGACUGGCGCUCACGCAGAUCGCACUGCUCAAGUUCAGCUCGCACCGUGCAGCGGCCAUGGCCAAAAAGGCCCUGAUGGAAGGGCAGUCACGCCUCUGUGGAGGGCAGGUGGCUGUGGAGUGGCUCAAGCCAGAUGUGAAGCAGCGACUUCGCCAGCAGCUUGUGGGGCCCUCGCUGAAGUGCCUACAGCCAGAAGGCAGCGGGUUGGCCCUCGCUAGAGACAAGCUAGCGUCCCAAGGGGCUCGAACUGCCUUGCAGCUGCUGUGCCAGCGGAUGAAGCUGGGUAGCCCAGUGUUCCUCACCAAGUGCUUGGGCACAGGCCCUGCUGGCUGGCACCACUUCUGGUACCAGGUGGUGAUCCCUGGGCAUCCAGUGCCCUUCAGUGGCCUCAUCUGGGUUGUGCUAACCGUGGAAGGGCAGGAUGGGCAUGAGGUGGCCAAGGAUGCUGUGUCUGCACGGCUGCUGGAGACACUGAGUGAGUCUGGGGCCAGCCUCCUUUCAUCUGCUGGGGCAGUGGGUGAGUCUGGGGCCAGCGUCCUGUGGCCUGCUGGAGCUGAGGCAGGUACCAUGGUCAAGCAGUUAACCCCAUCCUCUACAGGCUGCCUGAGCAAGUAGGCAGAGUCUGUGUCAGUC